UCGGAGCGGUGACCAUCGCCGUAGAAGCUGUUUUGUGGAUUUGUUUCACUAUUUCAGCAGAGCUUAGCUCCGCGGUAGGCUCCCUUCUGAUUUGGCAUAGGACGUGGUGGCACUGGUGUAAUACUACUGUUUAAUUGCGUUAGGUUUUUUUUGGGUAAAAAUUGCGUGAUAGUGAAAUUUUCCGUUUUUAGUAAAGUUUUCACGUGCGCAAGGUGGUGAGAGAAAGUUUUUUUUCGUUUCCCAUCUAACCACAAAUUGAACCAAACCUGGCAGUGGAAAAAUGGGACAGCACCGUUGGAUCUGGUUGCUUGUCACGGCUGUGGCAUUUACGUUGCUGCAGCUCGGUGCCGGCGCGGCUGUAAUGUCGGUAGAUCUUGGCAGCGAGUGGAUGAAGGUCGGCGUUGUAUCGCAGGGAGUCCCAAUGGAAAUUGCGCUGAAUAAAGAGUCCAAACGUAAGACACCUACGGCGAUUGCUUUUCGGGACGGCGACCGGGUUGUGGGUGAGGAUGCGUACAACAUUGGCGUGCGUUUUCCCACGAACAAUUUUGCCUAUUUGAUCGAUCUGCUGGGAAAAACCAUAGACAAUCCAAUGGUAGAAUUGUACAGAAAACGCUUCCCGUAUUACGACAUCGUUGAAGACCCGGAACGCCGCACGGUAGUGUUCCGCAACGGCGAUGAGCUGUACACGAUCGAAGAGCUGAUUGCGCAAAUUUUACAAGUAGCCAAAGGUUACGCUGAGGACUCCACUGGUCAGACAGUGACACAGUGUGUCUUGGUGGUGCCCGGUUUCUUCGGACAAGCCGAACGUCACGCGCUGGUGGCGGCGGCAAAGUUGGCCAACUUGAACGUACUGCAGCUGAUUAAUGAUUACACGGCUGUGGCACUGAAUUACGGCAUCUUCCGGCGGAAGGAAUUUAACGAAACGGCACAUUACUUCGUGUUCUACGAUAUGGGAGCGUACAAAACGACUGCAUCGGUCGUCAGCUAUCAACUGGUCAAGGAUAAAGCCACCCGGGAAGUGCUUCCCGUGGUACAGGUAAUAGGGGUAGGCUACGAUCGAACUCUGGGGGGUUUGGAAAUGCAGGUUCGGCUUCGCGAUUUUCUUGGAAAAGAGUUUGAUAAAAUGGGAAAAACGAAAAAUAGCGUGUUUAAAAAUCCACGUGCGAUGGCUAAGCUGUUCAAAGAAGCAGGGCGACUGAAAAAUGUGCUUAGCGCCAAUACGGAACACUACGCACAGAUCGAAGGCUUGCUAGACGAGCAAGAUUUCCGGCUACCUGUGACUCGGGAGCAGUUUGAGAAGCUUUGUGAGGAUCUAUUCCCUAGGGUUACUGGACCAAUCGAUCGUGCUCUAGCCGCUUCGGGACUUUCGAUUGAAUUGAUGAAUCAAGUAGUGCUGUUUGGAGGCAACACUCGUGUACCGAAGGUGCAGGAAGUACUCAAAGCUCACAUUAAGCAAGAGUUAGGUAAAAAUUUGAACGCCGAUGAGGCAGCUUGCAUGGGAGCUGUUUACCGGGCAGCGGAUUUGGCAACUGGUUUCAAAGUCAAGAAGUUUGUUGUCAAAGAUGCCGUUCUAUUUCCGAUUCAGGUAGUCUUCGCUCGCGAAGGAGACAAUGCGAAUGUUAGGUUGGUUCGGCGGACUCUUUUCGGUGCGAUGAAUGCCUAUCCACAGAAAAAAGUAAUUACCUUCAAUAAGCACACUGACGAUUUCGACUUUUCGGUAGAUUAUGCCGAUCUAGAGUCGGUGCUCAGCAAGGAGGAAAUAAGUAAUCUGGGUUCGUUAAAUUUGACCAAAGUUAGCUUGAAAGAAGUCGGCAAAAAGCUAAACGCCUCAUUAGCAUCAGACAACGUUGUGUCGAAAGGCAUCAAAGCUCACUUCUCACUGGAUGACUCCGGCUUGUUUUCAUUGGCCAACGUAGAGCUGGUUUUGGAAAAUACCGUCAAAGAGGAAGAUGAAGGUCCUCUGCAGAAAAUAGGCAAUACAAUUAGCAAGCUCUUUUCGGGAAACUCCGACGAUGAUAAAGCAACUGUUUCGGAAGAGCCUACCAAAGAGGAAAGUUCCAGUGACCAAGCAGAGGAACCGAAAACAGAGGAGCCGCCAAGCAACGGAACUACUGCAGAAAACUCUACCGUCCCAGAAGGAACUGCUUCCACACCGAACAAAACUGAACCAAUCAAAACGGUCACUGUUCGAAAGCAAAUUCCUGCCGACAUCGAGCUGGCCUUUGUUAAGCCUUUGGAUGGAGCCGAUUUCGAAAGUUCGUUAGCUAAAAUUCGGGCUUUGAAUGAAGCCGACAGCAGCAAGAAACGGCGCGAGACUGCCUUGAACGCCUUGGAAAGCUUUGUUAUUGAUGCUCAGGUGAAACUGGACGAGGAUGAGUAUGCGUCUUGUGCCACUCCAGAAGAGGCGGAAUCGAUUCGAAAAUCUUGCGCCGAAAUUUCUGACUGGUUGUAUGAAGAUGGCUCCGAUGCAGAUGCUGAAACGUACGAAAAGAAGCUGGAUGAAGUUCGAUCCGUUGCAAAUCAGGUAUAUGCCAGACACUGGGAACAUAAGGAAAGGCCGGAAGCACUGAAGGCGUUGAAACAGAUGAUUACUGGCGCUGAAGGAUUCUUGGACAAGGCAAGGAACUUCACCAAAGAGAGCAACACAGAGAAGGAUGUCUUUACUCAGGUCGAGAUCGAAACACUCGAACGGGUUAUUAAGGAGACGAUCGAAUGGCAGAAAACCGAAGUGGUCGAACAGGACAAGCUGGCACGUAAUAAAGCCGUACGACUAACGGUGAAAGACUUAACUGAUAAGAUGGCCCUCUUGGAUCGAGAGGUUAAAUAUUUAGUUAACAAACUGAAACUGUGGCGACCAAAGGUUAAGCCAACGCCGCCUCCAAAGGUUGAGAAAGACAAGGAGAAAGAUGAAAGUGAUAAGGAAGAACCAGUGCUGGAGGAAACCCCGCAACAGACUGAGGAAACGCCUUCGGAUGAACCACAGGAACCGCAAGCUGCCGAGACGGAAGACGAUGUCAUUAAACCUAGUGCAACGGAAGAGAGCUCCGAAGAAAAGCAUACUGAAUUGUAGACGGGACCGUUGUGAUAGUUUAGCACAAGUUCAUCCAUCCAUCUCUAGCUUGGUUUGAUUUUUCGGUUUAGUUUAAAUAUUUAUUUUGUUUGCCCAGUUUUUUAGUAUUUCCUAUUGGUCGAUAGAGUUUUUCUUCUGUUUAGCGUAAUAUCAUUCCGUGGCUUAGGCCGAGUUCUCUCAUUCAUUUCAAGUAGUUUGCAGGCUUUUCAUAGAAGAGAAUCGAAACGAGUUAAUGCAUAAGCUGACUGAUGAGACGUAGUUUAACCGUACAGGUACGAUACUAUAGUGAUGAACGAAGUAAAUUGGUAGUGCAGUUUAAUUAGCAACUAAUAAAUUAUGGAUAAAGCCAAUCAACAAAACUACGAACAGACGAAAUAACUGGUAAACCAAAAGAAUCAAUUGAAAUAUGAACGAGAGGAAAUGUGAUUCCCA